ACGAAUAUUACCGAUUCUUGCCGAAGCCAAGUGAAUUGUUUCCCGCGACGAGAAGCGAUAUUUUGAAUCGUUACGACGAUUCGACCUCUACGGCAACUCGCGGUGUCGAUUAGUCUUUAGGAAGUGCCGUUUCACGACUCACGCCGUUUGAUCGUCGCGCGUUCUUCGCACGCGGUAAUCCAAUUGUGCGCAAUUUUGUAUCAUCGAAAUAGUCUUCGCUACGUCAACCUUGAAGUGAUGGGGCAAAGCAUGAAGGAGAUUUUGAUCACGUUCGGCGCGAUUCUGGCUGUAACUGCAGCUCAAGGGAUCAUUAUAGAUGCUGAUCCCAACACGAAUAUGAUGACGCAGGAACAAUCUACAAAUGAGGUUGCUAUUGACGAGGAACAUUUACAAUCAGAAGCUGAGAAAAUGCAAUUGCCACUUGAAAGAUUGAUGCCUUUUCCCUUACUGCAACCCGAAAGUAUUAAUGGAACGAGAGCGUGCACAUUGUGCGAAUAUUUUAUGCUAACAUUUCUUUAUAUUGACACUAAUAUAAAUCCUACAGUUGAGAUGAAAGUGCGAGAAUCUGUUGAAAAAAUAUGUGCAAGAAUAUCUCCUGUCGUUCAAGGCGAAUGUCAAGAAUUUAUGAAUACUUAUGAGGAUGCAGUUGUAUCCAUACUUGUUCAGAAAAUUGAUCCAUCACUGGUUUGUUCCGUGAUACGUAUUUGCCCAUCAGACGAGACAGUAAAUAUGUGGGAAGAAAUUCCUAAGCAUUUGAUAACUACAAAAAGAAAUAAGCCAGAUUGUCCAUUCUGUUUACUUGCAAUAACGCAGAUUUAUAAUGUUAUCAAAGACAACAUUACAGAGGCCAACAUUCAAACUGAAUUGGAUAAAUUAUGUGACGUAAAUUAUCGUUUGCCACGUAGUUUGACCGAUGUAUGCACAGACUUUAUGAACUCGUAUCGACAAGAACUCGCAAGUCUACUAUUUUUAGGCUUGUCUAUCGAGGACAUAUGCAACUUUGUUCAUUUGUGUACUCCAACCGACGAUCCUACUCAAACUGAUUAGAAACACCUAGCCGAGUAUAUUCAUUACGUAUAAUCCGUAUGAAUGUAAAUCCAUGAACGAGUCUAUAAAUUUUGGAUGAUACAAACCACAAACUGGAGGCGAAUCUAAAAAACGAGAACGAAAAGAGUGACGUGCUUCUGAACUGGAAAUAUCAGAUCUCUGGAGAUAUUAUAGCCAUAUCAAAUAUAUCUAUAUAAUUGUUAUUUAUAUCAAUCUGUAUAUAAAUCUCUCUGAUCGAUAUUCAUAGUCGAUUACUUAUAUGUAAGAUUGUACUUAUAAGAUCUUAUAUUUAAGAUCUUAAGUAUACAAUCUUAAGUGUCAUAAUAGUUAAAUUAAUCACAGAGUCUUAUAGCAAUCCUCUUAAAAUAUUUCUUAAAACGAUCUUGAUAUAAAAACCGAUUAUGAAUACCGGCCUCUAACUGCAGUUUAAGCACGCGGGAAUAAUCUACACAAUAAACGCCAUGCGAUUUUCACACUUAAUUGAAUCAAAUACGGGUAGCUUCUAAUGAAAUUGCGUAGACGUCACGAAAUUUAUAAUUUUUAAUAACGCCGCAAGAAUUCUUUUUUUUUUUUCAAAAUGAUAUAAGUUGCUAUAUAUUUUAUAGAAUUGUAAUGAUAUAUUGAAAAAUUUGGAUCGUCUUUCUAUGUCUUUUUCUUUCGAUCAAUAUAAGUAUAUAAUGUAACUUUUAAUUGCGAUAAUGGUAAAAUGAAGAAUAAAUAAAUCUUUUCAAGCUGACGCUCGAAUAUCAAUUUUGAUCGCGUGAUCUGUCUUGACGCUAAAAAUGAGCGUCAAGCGUCAUAACGAAAUGGUACGAGUACAUCUUAAUUAUAAGAAGUAAUUUAAUUCGUGUACGAAAUGUACAUUUCUAAAGAUAUAUGACUAAAUAUAUUUUUUUAAAUAAAGAUGUUCUUUUGUA